GGGACUUCGAGACGUUUACCGGUGUUUGUGAUUCAAACUAGUCUUCGGGACAUAUCUGCCCAAAAUGGCAGCGCUCGGGGCGGCCGCGGCCGCUGCCGCAUAUGGCGGCGGAGCUGCAGUGGAAUUGGGGGUAUUGACGGUAAUCUGUGAACCUGUGGUCGUUGUUGGUGUUGGUGCAUACGUCGGAUACAAAAUACACGGGGACAUGAAGGAAGGGAAUGCGGCGAAAGCCAGGCAGGAGAGGGAAGAAGCGCAGCGGAGGAAUUCUACAUCCGGCGGAAGUGGGGGUAACCAGACGAAGAAUACCGGAAGUGGAAGUAGCCAGAAGCAGACACAGAAACAGAGAAGCGGCUCUAAUAGAGACGAUGAUGAUGAAAAGAGGCGAGGCCGAAAAAUAAGUCCAAGAUAUGAUAGGCACGGUAUGACAUGGUAUGGCCGGAUGCUAGAAAACUGGGAAUGAAAAGCUAAAGCCCCCAAGGGUGUGUACUACCAGUACCAUGGUUACUGGUAUUCCCCAGACCAUAACAACCACGCUGGAUCCAUGGCGAAAAAGUUCAGAAGUACUGGCGGUAAGAACGGCAACCCAACUAGCCUCGUGUUUUUGGGGUCCGUGGAUGUAAAUGGAGACUUGAUUGACAAGCACGAGUCCAACCACAACAAAGGUAGCGGUGGGGACGUCAAGGGUAAAGAUCUCUACAAUUUCAAGGAAAAUCCGAAGAACCGCUAAUGUCCGCGUGAAGGUCCGAGUCAACCUCGAUGUUUCAACAUGUUAACCGGGUGUUGUAUUAUCUGAAUU